GGGAGCGCAUCAAGGCACCAGUAAGCGCGCGUUUGAUGUCACAUGUCAUUGUUUACAUCACAUUGAAAACACGAAUCCAUCACAAGAAUCGCGAACUCAAUUCAAAUCCGCUAUAAUGAGACUGCGGCCAACAAAACAUAAUUUGAACAAGCGGAUAUCAACCUAUUAAGUGGAAUUAAGAGCGCUGGUACUUCUGUGUAGUGAUGAGUCGAGUGUUCUCGCCGGCGAGAUAAUGAGACUCGCCGUAUUGUUCGUUGUAGCAUUGUGUGGAAUAGUUCCUUAUGUUAGUGAAGCACAAUCACCAACGAUUAUCACGACUUCUAAACCGAUUGUUCAUGGAGAAAAAAUAAUAUUUGGACAACUACCAAGAGGGGAGUGCUAUAGGACUGAAGUUCCGGCAAAAGCAUGGAUUUUGUCGAGUUACGAAGACAUUGCAAGAAAAGUUAUUUUAUCAAUACGGGAUAGUCCGCCGUAUGAUCUUAUAAAAGAUGGCAUCAAAACCAAGUCUUACUCUGGUGCCAUUAUUGAUAGGUCGCUGUCCUUCGAGGCACCAUUUGCUGUCCCAUCAGCCAUCUCGCUCCUAGCCAGCUUAGUUAUACCCCUGACUGGGUUGAUCUUUUGUUGCUGCCGGUAUUUCGGGCGCUGUGGCGGGAAACUUGAAGAAGAAGACAUGGAGUUUAGUCCUGUGAAAUCGAGGCACAGACUGUCAGUGGCCAUUGCCUUCUGCAGCGUCUUUAUACUUAUCGGAAGCAGUUGUAUCUUUAUAGCGAGCAACAGACUUGGCACCAGUUUCCCAGUCCUCAACACGGUGCUGGAAGAAUCUGUCGAUGACGUCAUCACAUAUAAAAACAAUACCAUCAAGGAACUGAAAUACGUCACAGUUUCUGAAAUGAAGUUCACCUCAGAUCUUGUAGCGGAGGAUUUAGACGCGAUAUCCCAGCAAGUAGUCGGACCGGUCAUGGGCGAGGCCCGGACACUUGUGGCACCCCUACUGGACGCAUUAGUUAGCACUGGGAAUGUUGUCUCCAAAAUGAGAGCAAUUCUGAAGAAUAUCAGUGUCACGGUCAGUGAGCUCAAGAGCCUGAACUCCGAGCUACGUCAACAGCUUUAUGAUUCGCGCCAAAACUUGACUGACGUGCGCGCGGCAUGCAACGCUGACAUGGACGCGAAAUUGGCGGGAAUUUGUGAUCAGAUCCCAAGUGGAGACGCACUUGUUGCAGUGGCAGACUUUAAUAAGGUCCCGAACGUCACUAAAGAAUUAGAAAGCAUAGAAGAUGUUCUACGCACAGACAUAUCAAUUGAGGCUCGAAAGGGUAAUGUGACAUUCGAAGAAAUCCCAUUGUCGGUUGCAAGGUCCACAUACUCUGGCAGACAAGAUAUAGCAAAUUCCAUCGCUGAACUGGAGGAUUUGUCUUCUGAUUUGAUUAAUCAAUUAGAAGAAGCAGCUGAACAGUUCGUUCAGACAACACUCGAGCCUUUCAGAGAAGAAAUGAAUAGCUAUGUCGGUCCGAGCGGAAGCUACAAGGAAUAUGACACCCUGAGGUUUUUUAGUUUUAUUGGUUUGGCUUGCACCGUUUUGCUCGGGGUGCUGAUCAUGUACUGUGGGCUCACUGCAGGAGUCUUAGGAUCACGUGAUUACGACACACCUAGUACCAGGUCCCUCACGUCCGACGCCGCUGGAAGAACCCUCAUGGCGUCGGUGACCUUUUUCUUCCUUUGCUCGUUGUUUCUGAAUCUACUGGUCGGUUUGCUGUUUUUCCUUUCUUCAAAUGCGACGAUCUUGUGCAAAUCAGCGGCCGAUCUUUCCCUUAUUGAGAAGACUGUUGACGACCCUUCUUUCCUUGGUUACUACCCCCUCUCCAAGACUCUACUGGGGGAUGGAAAUGUUGAGAUCAAACUAUCCGAUGUACUCAGGGGCUGUGAACAGGACGAGUCGCCAUGGCAACUACUUCACCUCGACACACGGUUCAACCUCACAAAUAUGACAAACUACAGAGAUAAAAUUCCUCCUAUGGACGAAAUUUUCAAAGAAUUAAAUUCCACAAUUGCUGGAGUAACAAUACUGACGUUAGAUGCGGAGCAGACCUUGAACGACACCCUAGACGCCGGUGUUCACUUGAUCUCUUUUGGCAACUUCACAAAACAGACACAGAAGCCCCUUGUUAACGUCUCUCUCGAUGCUUUUUCAAGCGACCUAAAGAACGUAUCUGACACUGCUAGGCCUACGAACGAGGGCGUGGCGGAUGGAUUGGUGUUCAUAGCGAACAGACUUCAGAUGAUACAGACCGACAUUAUAGAGACGUCCGAGGGUCUUGUGUCUUUACUGAAUUCAAAAGUCAUUCUAUUGGAAGAAAAGAGCAACAUCACAUUGGAAAGUAUAAAGGACGUGUUCACAAGAACAAAAGCUCUAGAUGGCUUUCUUCGUAACAGAGCGCUGGUCCUAGCCAAUGAGGCGUCUCACCGCAAUUUGGGCCGAAUCUUAGGCUGGAUUGAUCAGUACAUCGAAGAAGCUUUAUUGAAGAUAAGACAGGAUGUAGGGAAUUGUAGUCCAAUACGAACUAUCUACGAUGCCAACCUUUCCGCAGCUUGUGAAUAUCUACUGAGUGCUUUGAAUGCAUUAUGGCUGUCACUAGGAACCAUCGCUUUGUUCUUGGUAUUAACCAUCAUCCUAUGCGUGCGUCUCGCUAAGCAUUACCGUCGUGCUGAGCGGUCGUCGUCGAGUGCGAAAGCUACUAUUUAUGGCAUCCCUUUGACGCUCUUCACCAGUUCCUCACGUUCGAGUAGCCGCAAGGCCGUCACGUCGUGGAAAAAAGUGAACAAGAACUCUCCUGUGCCCUUCAACCUGCACACCAUGAGAUGGGUAUAGCGCUAGGUAAAACAUUUUGCCACUUGCAAUCUAUUUUCCUUUUUACAAUUAUCUAAUUCGUACUUUGGUGAUCUUGACUUUUUUGUGCCCAUUUAUAACAUUCAAUUUAAAGGUGGCAUGCUUUGAAAUGUAUCAUUUAAAUAACCUCAUUCACAUACAUGCUCAAAACUAAACUAUCUUAACUAUUUAUUAUUCCUAUUGAAAAUAGGGUAUUUGUAAAUAUGACAACAAAAAGUUUUUAUAUUUAUCUGUGUUUCUAAAAAAAAAUAUUUUAGGGAGAAAGUACACUUCUACUAGCUAGUUUUUUUCCUUUUCCUUUUCCUUUUCAAUUAUUUUUAUUUUACCUUUAUAUGGGAAUUAAAAGAAUAUUCCUCGACGAA